UACUUGAGUUAACGGAUGGCACAGAGUCCGGUGAAAGCUCAUAUGUAAUGCUGUGUGCUGAUUGGUAUGCAAACAUUCCAGGUUUUUCUUUUGUCUGCAAAACUGAUUUUUAAUCUCAUGUCAAAAUACAUUCAAUAUAUAGUGCUGGAAAACUAUAUGGGAGGGAAAUUUGUACCAUGUCCCAAGUUAAUAGACUCUUUCAACCCAUCAACUGGAUGGGUUUGUUGCUGCAUUCCAGACAGUGGACCUGAGGAGGCCUUUAGAAAGGAAGUCGUGGCCUAAUGGUUAGAGAGUUUGGCAGGAAUACCACGAUUGUGGUGCCCUUGAGCAAGGCACUGAACCCCCAACUGCUCCUCGGACGCCACAGCAUAAAUGGCUGCCCACUGCUCCAGGGAGAGGUCUGUCUGUGUACCAGCAGAAUCUUUUUAUUUGACCAGAAUUGCUCGUUUCAUCGAGACGGCUCAUCCGUGGAAAACUGGAGUGCCCUCUGACCCCUCAAACGACAGUGGAGCGCUCAUCAGGAAAGAGCAUCUACAGAAGGUCUUAGGAAUAAGCCUUGUAAACCCAGUCCUGAUGAAGCUGAUGAAGCUGGAACUCCGGAUGGGAUCCAGGAAGUCAAGCCUACCGGAUCUUCACUGAUGCUUCAGGAAAUUUGUGAGUCAUCCUGUUGGACCUCAAUACCAGCUGACAUACUUGUCUGAUGGAUAGGGUGAUAAAGCAAGAUAUUUUUUGUGAGGCGUGUAAUCCACGUUUGGCACACACUUUAGAUUAUUCAACAAAUAAUUGUACUUCUCAGGAUUUAAAAGAUCCACAAAGCAUCAUCAGAAAUGAAUCCUUUUAAUCAGCAAGGAUGUAUUAAAUUGAUCAAUAGUGACGGUAAAGACUCUGACAUUGUUACUAAAGAUUUCUAUUUCAAAUCAAUGCUUUUCUUUUGAACUUAUAUAAAUAAAGUUUUAUAUAAAUAAUCUUGAAAAAUGUUUCCACAGUUUUCACAAAAAUAUUAAGCAGAAAAACUGUGUCAGCACUGAUAAUAAGAUGAAAUGUUUCCUGAACACCAAUCAGAACAUUAGAAUGAUUUCUGAAGAAUCAUGUGACACUGAAGUCUGUAAGUGAUUGAAUAUUCAACUUUGCCAUCACAGGAAUAAAUUGCAUUUAGUAUAAAGUAUACAGUAAGUAUAUCAAAAUAAAAAAACUGUUAUUUAUAAUUAUAUUUCACAAUAGUACAGUUUAACUGUAUUUCUGAUAAAAUGAAUGCAGACUUUGUGAGCAAUAAGAAACUUAUUUUAAAAAAUCAUACAUACACCAGACUUUUCAACUGUGUUAUUAGAUAUUUAAAAAUAUUUUAAGAAGUUAUACUUGUUUGCAGUGUGGUGCAGAAAGUUUUUCAUUUUUUUAAUUGAAACCUGAUGCUGGCAUACUGUUCCUGCCAGCAAAAUAAUAAUAAAUAUUUGUUCUUUUUACCAUUUUGCUACAUUCCCAGCCAAAAUCUGAUGAAGAGCAUGUGGCUUGAAACAUCUGUUUGAUGAGGAAACUAAUAAGUAUUUUUGAAAGCAACAAUUAAUGUAUUCAAUUUUCAUGUACCUGUAUUAGUCAUGUUUGGAUGUGCAUGCUUCAAUGCAUUUCUUCAGUGUGAGAAUUACUCAUUUGUGCACAUACAAAUCAAAUGUAACAAUGCAUAGUGUGUAAAAACACAUGAACAUAUUAUGACAUUCACACAAAUCCAUUCAAACACACAUUCAGACCAUGCUCUAAUAGCGUUGCAGUUUUAAAAAGUAAGUUACAUUGGAAAAGAGUAGAAGUCUGAGUUUGUGUGUGUGUGUGUGUGU